AUGGAGUCCAUUUUUCUGCCAAUUCUUGAUGUGGUUCGUUUGGUGACUGAUCAGCAAACCAGUAAACCCAUGCCUUCAUUGACGGCAUACAAACAGGGUGAUGGAAAGAAGAUUGAUGGUAGAAGAGUGCCUGUUGAUGUUGAGAGAGGCAGAACAGUCCCGAACUGGCGUCCUCGUAGGCUUGGUAGUGGACUUGGUACAACCAGAGUUCCUGGUGAGAAGAUUACUGGCGAGGAGGAACAAAAACAACAACAACCAUCGCAAGGAAGGUCAUCCCGCUCCGAGGAACCUAGAGCCCGUGAAGACCGUGAGAAAUCUCGUGAUAGGGGAAAAGAAAGGGAACGGGAGCAGUCUCGUGAAAGGUCUCAUGAGAGGUCUCGUGAUAGACCGAGAGAAAGCCAUCGAGAGGAUAAGCACCACCGGGACCGCGGUAGAGAAAGAGAGAGCAGGCGUGCAGAGGAGAUAGAGACCGUCGUGCACGGGAUCACGAUCGUGACCGGAGUCGGAAAAGGGAAAGGGAGUACGAGAGCGGCGAGUAUGACGACGAUGGUGGGAGAUCUCGUGAGAGAGAAACGGAGUAUGAGAGGGGUGGGUGGAAGCAGAGGAGAGGUGAGUCAGAGGAAGGUCGUGGCUACUACGAAGGGCGUAGACGUUCAAGCCAUUAUGAUGGCGUUAGGAGGAACAAGGAGGUGA